AUAAAUCCACUAAGCUAGCUACUAGGACACUCUCAAACUCAAAGGACAAACACAUUUAGAAAGAGAAAGAAAGAAGAAGAAAAAAAUGUCAAUGGACAUGAUGGGAACUGAACGUGUUUGUUAUGUUCACUGCAACUUCUGCAACACAAUUCUUGCGGUUAAUGUUCCAUACAGUAGUAUGCUAACCAUAGUGACAGUAAGAUGUGGACAUUGUGCUAAUUUGUUAUCUGUUAACAUGGUGGCUGCAUCACUUCAACCAUUUUCUCCUCCUCAACUGCCUCAGGCACAGAAACAGCACAUAAUCCUUGAAGAACCAAGCAGCAAAGAAAUGGGUUCAUCUUCAAAAUGCAACAAAAUAGCAUCAUUUGAGGCUGUAGUUGAGCAUGAACAACCUAGGAUUCCUCCCAUUCGUCCUAUAGAGAAAAGACAUCGUGUUCCUUCUGCUUAUAACCGAUUCAUUAAGGAGGAAAUUCAAAGGAUUAAGGCCGGUAAUCCAGAUAUCAGCCAUAGGGAGGCUUUCAGUUCGGCAGCAAAAAAUUGGGCACAUUUCCCUCAUAUUCACUUUGGGAAGCAACAAGCAAAAUUGGACCAUGGUGAAGGAACUCAUGAAAAGACUAAUGGAUUCUACUAAUGAUAUAUAUAAAUAUGGUAGCAUUUGGUUUUGCUGUGCUUGAUCUAAAUUUCUGAAAAAAUUCAUGAGUUUCAUUAUCAUAUUUCCCAAUCCUAGCUACAACAAAUAUUGGAGACUGAUCUCCUGCAAAUUAACCUCAGCUUCACAGUUCACACCAAUGUUUAAAAUAAUAAUACUAUAUUAUAUGUGUUUCCAUUUUCUA